GGAGUGGAAGACUUGAAGUUGAAGGCUCUUGCAGCUUCGGUAGAAAUGUAGAAUAAAGCUUGAAGAUUUAGUGUGCGAUCGCGCGUUGAGGUUCUCCGGAAAUGAUUCAGUUACCAACUUUCGGAGUAUAGUAGCAGACGGAGGAAACAUCGACCGAGUACGUCCCGGUUGCGCUCGUUAAUUGAGGCUCCUUUUUUCAAAUGUGGACCCACUGUGCAGUGCUUUGAAGCCCAAUGGCGAGACCCAAGCGUCGUAGAGCUGCAUCUCCUCCUCCGGAAGAAGCUGCAGCAGUAGCAGCACCGUCGAAGAGCCGAAGCAAUAGAAAGGAGGCGCUCAUGAAGAGUGUAGUUCAACAGCCAAGUAAAAAGAGCAAAAGGAACCAGAAGGAUGGACUGAAGCAGGGUGAGGGAGAGCCAUCCGGGAGCGUAGCGGAGCUGAAGAGUAACCCACAUAAAUUAGCUGCCCCUCUCGUCGUAUUCGCGCACGGUGCAGGAGCCAAUUCCUCUCACGAAUGGAUGGUCAGAUGGAAGAAGCUGUUAGCCGAGGCAACUAACGCGGUUGAGGUCGUCACCUUCGACUACCCGUAUUGUGCAAAUGGCAAGAAAGGGGCUCCUCCCAAGGCCGAGAAGCUAGUGGAGAGUCACAGGGAAGAAAUCAGCAGGGCAGUCUCACAGCAUCCUGGCCACCCGUUGGUGCUCGUUGGGAAAUCAAUGGGUUCAAGGGUGAGUUGCAUAAUAGCAGGAACGGAGGGCACCGACGUGGCUGCUGUGGUAUGUCUAGGCUAUCCCCUCAAGGGAGCGAACGGCGCGCUUCGUGACCAAACUCUGUUGGAGCUCCAAACCCCGGUCUUAUUUGUUCAGGGAAGCAAGGACUCAAUGUGCCCGUUAACGGAGCUUGAGAAAGUGCUGAAGAAUCUAUCUGUGAUGAACGAGGUGCAUGUGGUGGAGGGCGGUGACCACUCCCUUAAGAAAGGCAAACGUGCUGGAGGACUAAGCCAAGAGGAAGAGGAUCAAAAGGCACUAGAACACAUCAAUGCAUUCAUCACCAAAGCCCUUACUAAUACCAAGUGAAGAGUUAAGCCGACCCAUCUUGUCUAAUGUUGGUUUUGCUGAAUAUCAUGUUUCAUAGUUUGGCUGCUUGUCUUGUCUUGGAGUUGAAUGUCACCUACUCAUUAACUUCUAGCUCCUUUUAUUGAGCUACAGAAGCAGUGGAAUUUGUUGGCUAUCUCAAGUAAUGGCAGGAUUGUAGUUCGUUUCUGUUUCUUUACAGGAUCUGUAAUCACUUAAUGACUUUGUCUCGACACUUCGGAGCGUGCCAAUUGUUUUGACAUUUUGCCAUUUAGGACAUCAGUUCUAACAGGAUUGACCUUGUGCAACAAAGAUGAUGAGUUGCUUGGAUCUAAAAUGAUGCACAUUUUGGAUUUUGGUAUGUGGCAAUUUAAGUGUUUCAUCUGCAGUUAAAUCUAUGUUACUGGUC